GUCACCCAGUAGCUCGACCACCUUUUCAAUGUUUGAGACCUCCUUCUGACGCGAAGGAGAACGGGCGUCCUUCUGGUGUAGACUGGAACUGUUCGCCCGCGGAGGCUGGAAGUUGAACCCUGGUUAACUGUCAGGAACAAGCCAGUGAGUUGUCAGCCUAGAUCUGCUCCCCAGAUGUGGUGCAGGCUCUAUCAGGCUCCUCUUUAAGUCAUCUCUUGCUGGAUUGUCUUGGACACUCUUGCCUUUGUGGCACCAGACUAAACCUUCCCAAAUAAAAUUUUGGGGAAAAGAUUCAGUCAAAUUGGAACUGGAGUAUGGGAUUCUGCAAUGUGUGAACCCCAAAGAGCAGAGGACACCUCAACUACCUUCUGUACAGUGCUGUGUCAGUGUACCAAAAGCUCAAAGAGCCUGUAAUGAGGGUUGCAGGAAGGCGUGCGAGCAAGAUCUAGCUGUCUCCAGUGAAUAUGAGAUUUGAGGUGCAGAAAUCUCCCAUGGCUCCUUUUCACAUCCGCCAGUACCAGGAGAGAGACCGCAAAAGGGUCCUGGACUUGUUUUCCCAGGGCAUGGAGGAGCACAUCCCCGCCACCUUCUACCACGCACUCAUGCUGCCCAGAACCCUCCUGCUCCUACUUGGGGCACCCCUGGCUCUAGUCCUGAUGUCUGGUUCCUGGUUCUUGGCCAUUCUAUGUACAUUCUGUCUGCUCCUUUCCCUGUGGCUCCUUGCUAGAUACCCCUGGAGGAACUAUGUGGACACAUGUUUGCGCGCAGACAUGGCUGACAUCACCAAGUCCUACCUGAGUGGUCGUGGCUCCUGCUUCUGGGUGGCAGAAUCUGGUGAACAGGUGGCAGGCAUUGUGGGUGCUCUGCCAGUCAAGGAUCCACCAUUAGGGAGGAAACAGCUGCAGCUCUUUCGCCUGUCUGUGUCCUUGCAGCAUCGAGGACUGGGGAUAGCCAAAGCCCUGGUCAGAACUGUCCUCCAGUUUGCACGGGACCAGGGCUACAGUGAAGUGGUCCUUUACACUGGCAGGAUACAGCGUGGUGCCGUGGCUGUCUACCAGAAUAUGGGCUUCCAGGAGACAGGCACAUCCUUCUUAAACAUCGUCUCAAAGUUCUUGGAUGUCUCUGUAGUUCAUUUCAGGCUGCUUUGGCAUGGUACCUACGCCACCAUCUUAACCGGAAGUUCCUCAGCCGAUGAAAAAUGCAUAUUUUCUUGCUCAUUGGACUCUAAUCUGUUUGAUGUGAAGUGGAAGGACUGGGGCAGAGAAGUGCUCCAAUUCAUCUAAAACCACGUGCAUGUGGUGGGUGACCACUGAGACAGUGGGGGUAGCUUUCAUAACCUCACCCAGAUGUGUGGCACCUCCUGGCACUGGCUAUACCCAAUUUCCUGGGUCAGUAUGACAGUGUAGAGGCCAAGCAUGGAGCGUGCCAUGGCUCCUAGAAGAGUACCUUGGGCUGGGGACUGUUUUAUACCUUCCAGUCUUGGGUCCAAGACUCAGGGACUUUGGAAACCUAGGUGUCUUGGACCUGGCCAUAUCAGAUGUUUGGGCAAGUUAGGAUGUGUCUCUAGCCUCAUGUUUGCAAGACUAUUUUCCAUUCUGUGACUUGACUCUAACACUGCAGGGCCAUUUGGGCCUAGAGUCUCUCACUGGGUUCUCUUCAACCCAACGGACCCUGUUGGUUACAGUUUUCCUGGAACACUACAUCCAGUAGCUUGUGACACUUGGGUAGCACUGUGGCUGCCUUCAGCUUUGGCACUGCAUCCUGCUCUCAGCUAGCUCCUCUGAGGAAUGUGACAGGCAGUUCUUUGCCAUCCUGCCACUGACCUUGCCCCAGCCCUCUUCACCGCUGGACCUUUGCCAAGUCAUUGGAUGAUGCCAAACCCACAUAAUGUGCUGCUCAGCACCAAGGCCUCACUCAGUCUUCCACCCAGGGCUUCGUGUCCUUGCCGCUUGCGUCCCUGUGCUUCUCUGAAAACUCAGCCUCCCACACUUGUUCCUCUGCUUGUCCCACUCAGGUCACCUUUACACCAGGUGUCUGUUGCCUCUUGAGCUCCAAGUCAACUUCAUACUCCAUUGUCACCUAUUCAGAACAGCCCUGUGUGUCAUGGGAGUAUAGAACUUGUCCUCCCUCAUUCUCUCCCUCUCUGCUUCCACCCAGGCUCCUCACACAUCAUAGCUAGGUUUUCUAGGAAGUGUUCCAGGCGAAAUGGAUGAAGAUACAAGAGGGGUAGGGGGGUUUCUCUUUUGGUCCCAGACCUUUGAAAUUUUACCCACUGGCAGGGUAAUGAGGACAUACAUGAUCCCUGGAUGCUGUGAUCCAGAUGACAGAUAUGGAGGGAUCAAACAGAACAACAACAACAACAAAAACUGCUGGUGCCUGAGAGGUGGCUCAGCAGUUAAGGUGCCUGCCUGCAAAGCCAAAGGACCCAGGUUUGUUUUCACAAUACCCACAUAAAU